UUUUUUUUCCUUCCUCUACUCCCUCCCCCCUACCCGCCCCUCCCUCCCUCUUUCCCUUCCCUCCCUCCCUCCCCUUUCGGCUGGUUCGGUGCGCUGGGGCGCCCUAUCCCCUCCGCUGCUGGGACGCGCCGAACUCCAGGCAGGAGUAGGCUCUCCGGAGCCUGGUCCCUCCCUUCCCCUUCCCUGUCCCCUUCCCCCACCCCCGACGCGGGCUUGGCGCGGCGAGCAGAGGAAACCCGAGCCGGCCCCAAGCCCCUGAGCUGGAGGGAUGGAAAACUCCUCGGCGGCCUCGGCCUCCUCGGAGGCUGGGAGCAGCCGCUCCCAGGAGAUCGAGGAGCUGGAGCGCUUCAUUGACAGCUACGUGCUGGAGUACCAGGUGCAGGGGCUGCUGACCGACAAGACGGAGGGCGACAUUGAGAGCCAGAGGACGCAGUCCCACAUCUCCCAGGAGGAAGCCCUCAAUGGUGGACCACCCAUGAAAGGCUUAACGGAAGAAUGGACAGCAGAUUGCAGCGAGCAGCUGAACAGCAGCUGCUCCUUCUCCAGAGGGCGAGCCCCGCCUCAGCAGAAUGGCAGCAAGGACAACUCUCUGGACAUGCUGGGCACAGACAUCUGGGCGGCCAACACCUUUGAUUCCUUCAGUGGAGCCACCUGGGACCUGCAGCCCGAAAAGCUGGACUUCACCCAGUUCCACCGGAAGAUCCGACACACGCCCAAGCAGCCACUGCCACACAUCGACCGUGAAGGGUGUGGAAAGGGGAAGCUGGAACAUGGGGAUGGCAUCAACCUGAACGACAUCGAGAAGGUCCUCCCCACCUGGCAGGGCUACCACCCGAUGCCCCAUGAAGUGGAGAUUGCACACACCAAGAAGCUGUUCCGGAGGAGGAGAAACGAUCGAAGAAGGCAGCAGAGACCUCCAGGGGGUAACAAGCCCCAGCAGCACGGAGACCACCCGCAGGGCAGUGCCAAACACAACAGGGAUCACCAGAAAUCCUACCAGGGGGGCUCGGUGGCCCCCGCCUCAGGGAGGCCUACCCACCACGGCUACAGCCAGAACCGGCGCUGGUACCAGAGCAACAUGAAGCACCCUCCUGGGGACAAGGGAGAGGCCGGAGCCCACCGCAACGCCAAAGAGACCACAGCCGUCGAGAGCCCCAAACUUGAGGACACCCCAGGGGACACCGGGCACAGUGGCCUCGAAACCCCCCGCAGCCCCGACACCCUGGCCCUGAUGGCUCCCGAGAGGCUGCCACCACAGCCACCAGGGGGGCCAGAGGCCGAGACAAAGCACAAAGACAGUGUUAUUCCCGAGCGUGCGGGGGAGCGGCCCAGAAUCACCCUGCUGCAGUCCUCCAAAGACAGGCUGCGGCGGAGGCUGAAAGAAAAGGUACCGGAUGAAGUGGCUGUGGAGACCACCAGCCCUCAGCAGAACAAGAUGGACAAGCUGAUCGAGAUCCUGAACAGCAUGCGGAACAACAGCAGCGACGUGGAUGCCAAGCUCACCACCUUCAUGGAGGAGGCCCAGAACUCCACCAACUCCGAGGAGAUGCUGGGCGAGAUCGUGCGGACCAUCUACCAGAAGGCCGUGUCGGACCGCAGCUUCGCCUUCACGGCGGCCAAGCUCUGUGACAAGAUGGCCCUCUUCAUGGUGGAGGGGACCAAGUUCCGCAGCCUGCUCCUCAACAUGCUCCAGAAGGACUUCACGGUGCGCGAGGAGCUGCAGCAACAGGACGUGGAGCGCUGGCUGGGCUUCAUCACCUUCCUGUGCGAAGUGUUCGGCACCAUGCGCAGCAGCACAGGCGAGCCCUUCCGAGUGCUGGUGUGCCCCAUCUACACGUGCCUCAGGGAGCUCUUGCAGUCUCAGGACGUGAAGGAGGAUGCCGUCCUCUGCUGCUCCAUGGAGCUGCAGAGUACAGGCCGGCUGCUGGAGGAACAGCUGCCUGAGAUGAUGGCAGAGCUCCUGGCCAGCGCCCGAGACAAGAUGCUAUGCCCCUCGGAGUCCAUGCUGACCCGGUCACUGCUCCUAGAGGUCAUCGAGCUCCAUGCCAACAGCUGGAACCCUCUGACACCCCCCAUUACACAGUACUACAACAGAACCAUCCAGAAACUGACAGCCUGACAGCCAGGGGGCCUGGCGGGCAGCCCACGGGCAGCUGGGGCCCUGGUGCACAGGGCCAGAUGGACAGGCGGGAGGACAGGGGUGGCCCUGGCGGGAGACAGAAAUGGGCAGGAAGGCAGGCAGAGUCGUGGCCAGUCUGGAACCAGCAGGGGAAGGAUCAGAUCCCUGAGAGGAGCGUCCCCUCCCCCACAGGUCCCUCUCCCACCCGAGCAUGCCACCGCUCACACCAACAAGGGAAGCAUGUUUCUUUUUCAUGGUGGCCUGGCCCCCGCCCAUCCUCUCUCCUGCCCCUCCCACCCCCUGCCACCCCACCCAUCCCCCGCCCAGCUUUUUGGCGGGGGUCUUGUCUCUGCCACUCCUCAAGAGUCUCCAGCAGCCUUGCACACCAGGACACCGCGUGGGUCAGGAAGGACCUCAGAAGGCUGAAAAAGUGGGUCGAGUCGGGCUCGCAUUGUUCCUGCGUGCUGUCAGCCGCAGUCGCCAACUGGCAGCAGGGACAUGUAGCAGAUGUCCGGGAGGACAAAGGCAGGCACGGUCCCCACCAGCCGCCCAUCACCGCGGGCCUUUGUCAGCCUGGUGGAGCUGGGGGCGGUACUUUCCUCUAACCUUCACGCUCCACCCUCCCAACUUCAGCUCCUCCGCCUGCAGCCCCAGCCCCAGGCCUAGGGGGUCGGCAGCGGGAGCGGGGCUGGAGCCUGCAGCUCAGCUCGCACCCUUUUAUUUUAUUGUGUUUUAUUUUUCAAAAGUCGGUUGCUUUGAAGUCUCUCCUCUCAAUGAAAAUGCCCUCGAUGUGAUCACACAGUCAGCCCGCGAGGACCCCCUGAUUAGCUGGAGAUCAAACCCGGCCCCUCUCGAAGGAUUCUAGCCACAAACAGCUUGCCAGUAGCCAAUUAGGGUAAUUGGAAACUUCUGCCCCGGCGGGGGUCCCCGCUGGAAUCCUCUGUUCCUCAGCCCCUGGCCUGCAGCUCCUCUGCUCUCUGUUCCUCCGGCUGUCUCUCUCAAAGGGCCAAUACUGUCGCCCCUGGACUGAGUUAGACCCAGUCCUGGCCUGGGGCAGGGGCGGGGGCAGGGAGGGGUGCCUUGUAGUGAACGUGGUCAGGAACAGGGAUGGCAAACUAAAACCAAGCGGCACAGCUUGUCCCAGGCUCCUACUGGGGGGGAAGAGUGAGGUGGGGGCUGCCUUCCUCUCCAGAACUUGAAAGUAUGGCUCACAGGCUAGAGGCUGCCCUCGCCUCAGCCCCAGAAAGACCCAGAAGCGCAGCCCUCCCAGGCUGUCAGGAAGGGAGAAUUCAUCCAAUCAUGACAGGGACAGUCAAGUUGCCAGUGGGGCCUCACGAUGGAGCUUUUCAGGCUGGAAACAAGGCUGGGGCUUCUUGGAAGGCCCCCCCAUCCAGAGGAAUAGCUUUCAUCUUUGAUAGCUAGCGAGGAGGACGAGGUCAAUAUGGGUUCGGAGUCCAUAUUUUGAUAAGGCCCCAGAAAACGCCAGCAGCGUCCAGCAGCAUCCCAAUCUGCUCCUUGAUUGAAGCUGGCCAAGCCCUACGUCAGGCUGAGGCUCCUUCUUGCCUCCUGGUUCAAAUCAGAUUGAGUGGGAAGGGAAGGGUGGAGGAGGUUUCUUUUGACUGUUCCUGAGUCUGGGAAGGCAGACAGGGUGGGUCAGAAGAAGUUACCCAGUUCCCCCUGCUUUACCCACUGAAAUCUGCCUUCUGGCUCCAGGAUAGGAGCCUGUGCUAGUCCCCAAAAAGAGCCUGUUGGGAACAAAUAGUGGGGGACCUAGGUUUCCUCUGCCAAGAGGCCUGUGCUCCCCUGGCCCAGGCCCCUGCCCUCUUCCUCCCCCACCGUCCUUCCCAAGCUCUCUCAAGCUGCUUCUUACUGCCCAGUCUCCUGCCCAGCCCUUAGGCCCAGGGACAUCAGAAGCCCCACAGGAGGCUUUGAGGGAAGAGCUGGGCUGAUUUGGGGAUGCUCAGAGAGGGCACCAGGGAACACAUGCUCUCCAGAGUCUGGAGUCCAGCAGCCUCAGCCAGCCAGCAGCUACUCUCCUGCAAUCACAGAGAGCCACACCUGUGCUAAGAUGGCUUCCCUCAGGUGUGGGGUGUGUGUGUGUGUGUGUGUGUGUGUGUGUGUGUGUGCGUGCAUGUGUGUGCAUCUGCUGAGAAAGAAGCAGGGGCCCAGAGAGGCCAGGAGUGGGGGCCUAGGUCGCAGUGGAAGCAGGUCCACCCCUCGGGGCUCCCAGAGGAGCUCUUCCUGAAGGAGGAGUCGGAGUCCCCUGAGGAAGCAGAGACAGCACCCUAGGCACCAUGGAUCUAAUGCGCGUCCCUCUGACCAGCCUUUUGGGGUCUCGCCUCAGAGCCAGCCCCUCUUUGCCCGGGAAGAGCAGUGUGAAGAAGUGAGAUAUAAAUAUGUAUACAUAUAUAAAUAUAUUUUUAAUUACGUGUCGUGUCACGGUGGCUCUAGACGUCCCAUUUGCAUAGUUUAUUCCAUUGCUUGAAAGCACUUCCUGGCCAAUCUGAAUAACACGUUCGGCUGUUUUUCUAAAUGCAGGUUGCUGCUACUUUUCCAGACCUAGAAGGAAAACAUUUUUAAUUUUUUUUUUUUUAAAGAAACAAAAGCAAAGCCUAAAAUUUAAGAGUCUGGGGCAGCUUCCCAUGGGAUACUACUCAGACCGGGCUGGAGGCAGAAGUGGGUGCUCCACGGCCCCCUGCACCUCCCCAGGCCAGAUUCCUCUCUACUGCAGGAGGAAGGUCACAUCCAGUUGGCCUCUGAAUGUAUUCGAUGGGAGACAGAACUGGACAUGGUGUCACCAUGGCCUGUGCUGCUGCUCCCCGCUCGCCCGCAGUUCUUGGCGCACGGAGGAGGCCCGGUACAGCCAUCUGAUGUCCAUCCUCCUUGUCCCCGCCCCACCUGUCAGGAUGAGUUUGUCACCAUUUUCCUCUCAGGCUGCCUGCUUGUCACCCUCCUGCUGCCCACAGCCUGGUGGCUUUGCCUGAGCUCUGGGACCGCAACCCCAGUAGGGCUCCCAACCUCCUCCCCUGGACGCUGGGAACCUCGCUGUCCUCCACAGGGAACAUGCACCCCCAAACCCAGCUUUGUCUGUCUGUCCUUCCUUAACCAGUCUGUAAACCUUUACAGUUUGGGGGUUGUCCUGUCCAUCUGUGUAAAUGUAAAUGUUGACCCGGUCGGUAUUUAUUCUCAUUUUUAUUUUAUUUUAUUUUCUCUCUGAGGGGUGGACGGGGAGGGACUGGACCGCAGAUCACGCCCCAGGCAGCUGAAGGGGCGGGCCAGACAGCCCGGCUGCCAAGAGGAGCAGCCCCCUGGGGCCACCCCAGACAGUGGCCUGCAGGAAGCCCAGUCCCAGGCUGUUAUCUGGCAUCAGAAGCCGGCCAGCGUUCCUUGUCCCACACGCUUGGCUUGGCCGUGGUGUGGCGUCCCUCAGCUGCCGGGCACACUGUUGGGGAACCUCUGAUGGGGUCUUUGAAGAUGCAGAUCAGAGCGAAAACAGCCGGGGACACUCGGGAGACUCGCACCCGAGGCUGGCCACCUCACCUGAGCCAGCCAGGGGCCAGACAACAGGACCUACCUCCCUGGAGCAGGGCCUGGGGCUGCCCGCCAGAGCUGCGGCGGAAACCUGCUCGCGCCACCGCCCCACCUCCGUCUGUAUGUCCUGCUUUUCAGCUGAACCCAAACUACAAGUGGGUUUAAAAAAAAAUAAACACUACAA